AUGACUUCCAAUUUUCCCCGAACUCCCGAGACUCCUUCACAGACAUCUCCCGCUCACUCGAAUCUUCCAUCGAAGCCCGUCACCUCGCCAGCAGACACACAUUCUAUGCCAACGCCUGCUCGCAGCGUCAACGGCAGCAUGUCAACCAUCACCGUCGAGGGAUUCGCCCCUGAUGAUUCUUCGCUGAAGCGUAAGCGUGAUAUCGGGGACCAAGGAAAUCAAGAAACAAAGAAAGUCCAAGUAGAGGCAUCAGAGAAAACCAAAGUCACCGUCGAGGAUAUAUCUCAGAAUGUCGGCUCUCUUUACCUUUUCUGCAAGACUCCACACGUCCCGCGUCUGCCAUCGCUUUUGGAUGAUCUGUUUGAACGCUACGGCUUGAACGAUGUUGCAAAGUCAGUUGCACGCAUACACCCCGAUGGAUCGAAGGCAGUCAAGCUGCGUAAGACUUAUAAGAAUCAUAUCAAGGACCACGGCAUCUUGGGCUCCUUUGAUGCAAUUAAGAAUGAAGUUGGCGCACCCGGUACUCUAGGGGCUAUGAUGAAGUUGCCGGACGAUGUAUGGAACGCUGAAUUUGUGCGGGGAAAGGAGAUUGAGAAAGGCAUACCCGAGUCGAUGUUGGCCAAGGGUCACACGAUCUUCACGAUGUCAAGAGGUCCGAUUCCAAAGGCUAUGUGGAAUCCUGCUAUUCUUAAUCUCGGGACUGGAGAUUCCGUAGCUCCUGCGCAAGUCGAGAAGGCAAAGGCUGCUCAGAAUGGUUCCCGCACCCCAGUUCCUCAGGCUCAGGCUCAGGCUAUACGUCCGGUUCAAGGCAAGGCAAAGGGUGACCUCCGUCGUCCAUCGCGAACUACCACCAAGCGUUCUUAUGCAGAUUCGAGCUUCGAGGGCUAUGGUGAAGGCUACGUUGAUGACGUACAAGAUCCUGGCUAUUCGACUGGUGAUGGCGAUGAUCGAGGUGGUCGGAAGCGUGUGAAGAAGAACACACAAAGUCAUGGUGGUUACCAGCAAGGCGGUGCGAUGCGUCAAAGCGGCUACGGUCCCGGAAAAAUUUCGGCACCUCACCCCUCCGCAAGAAAGAAGCGCGAGGCUGUAUACCUACUGUUGAUUAGAUCACAUGCGUUCUCGUCACGACGCUCUGUCGUGGCACUCAGUAACUGCUCUCGGUGGCUCCUGGUCUUGGUGCUCCUGUCACCGUCAACAGAGAUACUGGGGUUUGGGAUGAUAGAAAGGGAUGGAGUGGAACCAAAACUCGAAGUCUCUCUGACUAACGAGAGCAUGAUGGCGGACUUACUCGAUGCAGAAGUCGCCUCUAGCGUUUGCUUUUUUCGACAUGAUCUGCUCUGCUUUGUUCUGCCUUAG